GGUUUUACAGCCAAGCUCCUUCGUUGCCUCUUCCUAUUGACUACUGGGUUGAGUCAAAUUGUUACAUUCAAAUCACGAAAAAAUCAUCGAAUGAUACUUCAUUUAUCUUAUUCUACAACCCAGGUUAUCAUGCAAUAUCUUCUUGAUACCCAUUAAGUGCUUAAAUUGCACUUUGCCGUCCAUGGUCUUCGAUAUACACAUUUUUGUUCCCUGAUGCAUGCACAAAUUCCCAAUCAAUCCAAGAUUAAAUGAUGCUAUCUCCAAUGCAAAAAUAACCCGUAUCAUCGAUUACAUAUUUAUACUGUACGAAUGUACUCAUUAACUUACUUUGUAUGCAUUCUAUAUUAUCCGCAACGUCGGUCUGGUCUGCAAUAAAUUGUAUAUUAUGUCAUUUCAAUUCCAAUUACUCCAAUUCUUUGGAGUGUAUUAUAUUUAAGUAUAUAAAACAUAACAUUGCCGAUUCUUGAUUAUGGUCAUGUAAACCAUUUGAGUGAGAAAUUACAACUAUUAUAAUGGAUACUUGGUUUAGAAAAGGUGCAUGCACUAUCCUAAUUUUAUCCGCUGUCGGAUUCAUCCAUAUCAUCUACACCGGUGAUGAGAAUUUUAUCGAGGACAAUUUUAAUUUUUCCAGAGUUUCGUCGCAUUUAUCUGAAUCUGAUCAACCGACGCUUAGUCUGCCACCAGCCACAAUCACGAAGACAAAAUGGAUUGUCGUCACGUCAAUUUCAUAUCCAACUGAACAAAUUGAAAAGCUCGCUUCCAUUCCAGGAUGGCAACUUCUGGUUGUUGCCGACAAGAAAACGCCGUCCAACUGGUCCCAUCCUAAUGCUAUUUUUCUCUCCAUAUUCCUUCAAUCCACGCUAGGAUACAGCACGGUCAAUCUCCUUCCAUGGAAUUCAUACACUCGGAAAGUCAUUGGAUACUUGUACGCAAUUCAGCACGGGGCGCAAGUUAUCUACGACACAGAUGACGACAAUGCUCCCGACGAUGUUGCCCAGUUUGCAUUAAACUUUCCCUUUAAAACGAAAAAUAAUACGAUCCGUGGCUUAAUAAUGACCCCAGACAAAGAUUCUUCAUCAUUAGUUAAGAACCCGUAUGCUCAUUUUGGUCAAGGCACCAUUUGGCCGAGAGGAUACCCAUUGGAAGAAAUUGGACGACCUUACAACAACACGUACCGCUUAUGCCCCACGCUCCCCACGCCACUCAUACAGCAAGGACUUGUUAAUGGGGAUCCAGAUGUCGACGCAAUAUUCAGAUUGACCCGAAAAAAAAUGUACCAACCGUUAAACGUUUUCUUUGACGAGGCCGCACCCCCAGUAAUUUAUCCAGCAAAGUUAAUGGCUCCAUUCAACUCGCAAAAUACCGUUUUCUUGUAUGAUGCCUUUUGGGCCUUGUUCCUUCCAACCACGGUCGCAUUUCGUGUCACCGAUAUUUGGAGGGGGUAUUGGGCACAGCCACUUCUCUGGAAGGUUGGAGGAUCGUUGGGAUUCUACUCGGCGCACACUCUCCAAAUACGAAAUGCUCACAAUUACCUUAAAGAUUUCGUCGAGGAGGAUCAACUGUAUAAAGAAUCGGGAAAUUUAGUACAACUUUUGACCGAGUGGAAGUGUCUUCAUGACAACCUGUAUGGUUGCAUGAUCCAAUUAAGUCUACUCAUGGCGGAUAAUGGGUUCUGGUCACGGGAUGAGGUCAACCUGGUCUCUGCGUGGAUUGAAGAUUUAAAAUUUAUCGGGUAUCAGGAACCUGGAAUUCUUGAAGAAUAUAAAGUAUCACCGUGUUUCGAUUAUCAAAAUACGGAAACAGUAGCAAUAUUCGCAGGUUUGGAGGAAAAACAAGGACGAACGGAAAAUCAAGGACGAACGGAGAAUAAAAAAGCAAAUCCGAGAUAUCAUCUGAGGAAUUUUUGCAACUUUAGUACACUCUCAGAUUCAAGCAGUCAAAGUGGUACGAAUAGCAAUAGUAAACUCGUAGUAUUCCCCACCACUCUUCUUGUCGUCACAUUUAACCACCCGAUUUACAGUAAUAUCUGGCUCCUGGAUAUCCUGUACAGACCCCAUUUUCCAAACAUUAUGUACUGCGGAGAAGUACCAGAUCCCAACAUAAUACAGAAUCUCACGUCUUCGGAAGAUUUCAUAAAUGCUAACGUCACGAAAUUCACUUUAAUUCAUGCUUCAGUUCUGGAGGGGAGAUUUGCUUAUGAAUGCGCUAUCAAAGCAAUUGAAAUGAGUUAUUAUCAAGUAGAAGACUAUAUUAUAUUGAGUGACGAUGUGUUGCUAAAUUUUUGGAAAACUUCAAAAUUUGACAAGGAAGAAAUGUGGACUUUCAACUAUUUUACUCACCUGAAUACCAACCUGCCUACAAAUGCCACUCCCACCCUGCAAAAGUGGGGAUGGUGGAGAGGAAAAUUUGGGAAGAAUGCCACAAUCAAAGCUUUAGAGCGCAUUUAUUCCUCAGACAAUGAAGAGGUUAUCAAGUUUCGGAAAGACAGAGAAAAUUUUGGAUACGAUUUUACGCACGCAGUGAAAGGAAUGUCGGACAUUUUUAGAUUCCCGAGUUCAAAACAGGAAGUUUUUUAUCAAGUUGCAACAAUAAUGAGACAAUCUGACGUCUUUUUAGAGAUUGCAGUUCCAUUGUUAGUUAGUGGGUUGUCAUCAUCGGAAAAGAUUGUUAAUUUAACUGGAGUGUAUGUGCAGGAUAGAAGAGGUGACAUUUUAAGAUAUUUCGAUGAGAAUCAAAGUAUUGUUCACCCAGUUAAGCUUGGGCAAGUUAUAAAAAAUCAGAAACUGAUAAGAUCGUAUUGUGACAAAUAUGUUACGAAAGUUCUAAAUAUGAGUACUUGACAAUGGAGAUAGUAUAUGUACAUGUUACGUAUGUAAAUAUGUAUACAUAAUGGAUCUUGAUUAGUGGUGCCACCUGAAAAUUUUCUGUCCUAAAUAGGUACGUACUUAAAUAGUUUAAGUUUUGGUUCUAAGGACAAGUAAAUUGUACGUACAUAUUUAUAUUUGUAUGUAUUUGUACGAGAAGGGUGACGAGGCGGAGUGGCAGAAAUGCCGUCCUGCUUACCGUCCACCUGAGUGGGCUGAAUGGAGGUGCUGGGUUCAAGUCCUAGUGCCUGCAGUGGGUUUUUCUCGUUUUUCCCCACUGCCAAGCUCAGGUACUCUUCUCCCUCCCUGGGUAAUGGCCCAUUCGUGGGGUCCAGUGGUUGUAAUAAAGGUUUUUUUUUU